UGUUGCGAAGCCACGACUUCAAACAUGAAACUCAUCAGAAACCCAGCAGCGAGGGUGUAAUUCCACCUGCUGACCAGCGGAUGUCGCUGUGCGCACGGCAGCGGAAGUGACCUCAUCUGCAGUGUUUACACACUGAAACACGCUCUUUCACAGCUGUCAGAUCGACUGUGCUCGUCUAGCCGGGUCAGGGCGCGAUGAGUUACCGCAGAUGCCGCGACAGAGUGACAUUCAGGAGAUUCAUCGCGAUUCGGAGUGAUUAACUUCCUGUGAGAGGAUGCGCGAGCGAGAGAUGGCCGGUAACGUACAUCACUGGACCCCGAAGCACGUGGGCCGCUGGCUGCGUGAAGAGGGCUUCUGCGAUUAUGUGGACCUGCUGUGUAACAAACACCGUCUGGACGGAACCAGCCUGCUGACGCUGAGCGAGUACGACCUGCGCUCUCCUCCGCUGGAGCUCAAGGUCCUGGGAGACAUUAAACGGCUGAUGGUUUCUCUCAGGAAGCUGCAGAAGCAGAACGCCGAUGUGUUAGAGGAGCUCGGUCUGUCCUACGACGGACACUCGUCUCAGAGCAGCACAGGUGGAGUGGACUGGCUGUGUAACAGUGAGUCUGCGCGGGAUUGCGAUACCGUGUUGGACACGUUGAGCAGUGAUCAGUAUCAUCAGUACAACAACGGCAAAUACAAGCAGCAGCCGCGGAGACUGGACCCCGAGUACUGGAAGACCAUCAUGAGCUCCGUCUACGUGGUCUUCGUCUUCGGCUUCACGUCCUUCGUCAUGGUGAUCGUCCACGAGCGAGUGCCAGACAUGAGGACGUACCCGCCGCUGCCUGACAUCUUCCUGGACAGUGUACCCAGAAUCCCCUGGGCUUUUGCGAUGGCUGAGGCCUGUGGCGUGAUCCUCUGUUCUGUUUGGCUGCUAGUUCUGCUGCUUCAUAAACACUGUGAAAUAUACGGUGGCAUGUGGGCGAAGCUGCAGCGCGCCGUGGCCAUAUGGAGCGGCUUUGGCAUGACGCUCACCGGAGUGCAGACGUGUGGAGAUUACAUGUUCAGCGGACACACCGUCGUUCUCACCAUGCUCAACUUCUUCGUCACUGAAUACACGCCGCGCAGCUGGAACUUCAUCCACACGCUCUCCUGGGUCCUCAACCUGUUCGGCAUCUUCUUCAUCCUGGCAGCACACGAGCACUACUCCAUCGACGUCUUCAUCGCCUUCUACAUCACCACCAGACUCUUCCUGUACUACCACACGCUGGCUAACACUCGCGCCUACCAGCAGAGCCGCCGCGCACGCAUCUGGUUCCCCAUGUUCUCCUUCUUCGAGUGCAAUGUUAACGGACCUGUUCCAAACGAGUACUGCUGGCCAUUCGCUCGCCCCGGCUUCCUCAGACGCCUCAUCGGCUGAUUCUCCACAGACGCUGCUGAUUCUUGUGUUGCCAUGAUGAAGAGGAGGCCAAAACCUCUCGAUCAACACACUCUUACACACACACACACACACUCACACGCGCACACUCAC